GCAGAGCAGAGCCCAGCCCGGCCCCACACACCGAUGGGACCAUGAACUCUGGCCACCGUUUCAGCCAGAGCCCCUCGGCGCUGCUCCAUGGCACCGCAGGUGGCUGGGGCCAGGCGGGGAGAUUCCCCCGCGCCCGCAGCGUCCACGGCGGCGCGGGAGGUGCCCGCAUCUCCCUUUCCUUCACCAAGCCAAGGUGCCCGCCCUCUGGAGGGUUUUGGGGGUCUGAAAGAGGAGGCUUCCUCCUGGGCGGAAAUGGGAAGGCCACCAUGCAGAACCUCAACGACCGCCUGGCCUCCUACCUGGAGAAGGUGCGCGCCCUGGAGGAGGCCAACGAGCGGCUGGAAAGCCACAUCCUGAAGUGGCAUCAGCAGAGAGAUCCCGGAGGAAAGCAAGAUUACUCCCAAUAUGAGGAAAGCGUCACUCGCCUGCAGGAUCAGAUAGUGGAUGGUAAACUGACAAACGCUCGGGUUGCUCUGCUCAUUGACAAUGCCAGGAUGGCCGCGGAUGACUUUAGCCUCAAGUAUGAAAAUGAAUACUCCUUCAUGAAAGACUUGGAAACUGAAGUUGAAGGCCUCCGAAAGACCUUGGACAAUCUGACCAUUGUCACAACGGAUCUGGAACUGGAGGUCGAGGGAAUGAGGAAAGAGCUCAUCCUCAUGAAGAAGUGCCAUGAGCAGGACAUAGAGAAACAUCAUAUGCCAAAUGACCUCAAGGUCAAUGUGAAGGUGGAUACAACCCCAGCGGAAGAUCUGAUUAAGGUCCUGGAGGAUAUGAGACAGGAAUAUGAGUUUAUAAUGAAGAGGAAGCAUCAAGAGUUGGACACUUGGUAUAAACAGCAGUCAGCAGCCAUGUCCCAGGAGGUGGCCAGUCCAGCGCCUGUGCAGAGCAGCCAGAGUGGCAUCCAUGAGCUGAAGCGCACUUUCCAGGCUCUGGAAAUUGACCUGCAGGCACAGGCCAACAGGAAAUGUGCUUUGGAAAACAUGUUGUCAGAGACCCGGUCUCAGUACUCCUGCCAACUCCAGGACAUGCAGCAAAUCAUCUGCCACUACGAGGAAGAACUGAGGCAGAUCCGCCAGGACCUGGAGCGUCAGGACAGUGAAUACAAAGUCCUCCUGGGUGUCAAAAUACACCUAGAGAAGGAAAUCAUCACCUACCGCCAGCUCCUGGAGGGAGAGGGUGACGGGAUAACAGAGGAAUCCAAGUCGAGCGUGAAAGCAUCUGCAGCUCCAAAGAUCAAGGCCAUCACACGGGAGAGCAUUAAUGGAAGAGUAAUUCUUUCUCAAGUGAAUGAGAUCCAAAAGAAUGUGACAGACCAAUAAAAAUUCUGCC